UCAGAUUUUACCGAUGAUGAUUCGGAUGAAGAGUUAAUGGACGAUGGAGAACCAACCACAUGUCUAUUUUGUAGCGAAGUUCUAAAGACAAUUGAUUUGGCUUUGGAACAUAUCAAAGUGCAACAUAACAUUAAUUUUAGUCAAAUGAAGACGAAAUUUAAUAUGGAUCAGUAUUCAUUUAUAAAAUUAAUAAAUUAUAUACGUCAGGAAGAGGGUGUCACAGCGGACAAAUUGAAUUCUACCACAGAAGCCUUUUGGAAUGAUGAAAAAUAUCUGAAGCCCAAAGAUUAUGAACCAUGGCUGACAUAUGAUUACGAAGCGUUACUCUCAGAGGGAGACACAUCAUGUACAAAAGAACCAGAUUUAAAAUCUUUGCAAGAACUAAUUAAAGCCCAACAAGCCCAACUAGAACAGGCGUCCAAGGAUAUGGCGACAAUGCGUCAAGGCUUUCAACGUCUUUUAGAAAAGGAUAAUAGCACCAAGGACCCAAAUGUACGAUGUGUUUCCUCGGUAUCAGUUAAAGCCGAUGAGGGUUAUUUUGAUAGUUAUGCUCACUUUGGUAUACAUCAUGAAAUGCUUUCAGAUACAGUAAGAACAACAAGUUAUCGUGAUGCUCUUUUAAAAAAUAAGGAUUUUGUCAAAGGAAAACUUGUGCUUGAUGUUGGCUGUGGUACUUCGGUCUUAUCCAUAUUUGCCUCACAAGCUGGUGCUGAGAAGGUUGUUGGUAUCGACAAUUCCAACAUCAUCUAUAAUGCCAUGGAUAUUGUUAAGAAAAAUAACAUAGAAAAUGUCACCUUGGUUAAGGGCAGACUGGAAGAUACGAAUUUGCCAAUUGAGAAAUUCGACAUUAUUAUUUCCGAAUGGAUGGGAUAUUUCCUCCUGUUUGAAGGUAUGCUAGACAGUGUUAUCUAUGCCAGAGAUCAUCACCUGAAAGAAAAUGGCAUACUUUUGCCCAAUCGCUGCACAAUGUCAAUUGUGGGCUAUGGCAACGAUGCUUUGUUUAAACAGCAUGUCACCUUUUGGAACGAUGUCUAUGGUCUGGACAUGUCCACAAUGAGAAAAGAGGUUAUGCAUGAACCCCUUAUAGAUGUUGUCGACCCCAAGCAUAUUUUAACUGAACCGAACUGUAUUGCCGAUUUGAAUUUAAUGACAGUUAAUUUAAAUUAUUCUAAUUUUAAGUAUAACUUUGAAUUGAAAUGCCUCAAAGAUGGUAACAUAUCAUCGUUGGUUGGUUAUUUUGAUAACUACUUUGAACUACCAGAACAUGUAAUGUUUAGCACUUCGCCUGAUUCGACACCAACACAUUGGAAGCAGGUGGUGUUCUUUAUUGAACAGCCACAAGCGGUUAAGGAGGGAGAUGUUAUACGAGGUACCAUACAAUGCAAACGUAGCAUGAAGAGUGCCAGAUCACUGGACAUUAGUAUAGACAUAUUUGAUAAAAAAUAUACAUAUUAUUUGGAUUAA